AAAAGGAGACCACCGGACUGGAACGGACCGUUACGCGAAGUAACGGUGGAUUCAUGUCCGGAGGCAGCAUCGCCUACUGAAUUCUUCCUCUCGGACUGAGUCGGUCCAUCCGGUGAGUGGACGACUUACCGGUGAGCAGGUAAAUGAUCCCGGUAAGCAAUUGUAAAAGAGCCGCUGGUGCGUAGGGAGCUAACCGAACUACCGUUGCUAAUGCUAGCUUCCCAGUGUUUUAGAUGGAAACUGGUUUGCUAGUAGCUAGCCGCGGAGUUAGCAGGUUAACCAGCUGUUAGACGUGACUAAACUAUUAAUCAGCAGGUUUAACAAACAGCUGGGAAUGUUUGGGUUUAAUUCAGCUUUCGGUUCCGUCUUGUUUGAAUGGAGGAUGAUGAGAAGCGUCCUCUUGUAGGACGUCACAUCUAAAUACUCCACCCGGAGAAUUAACGGAAGCGGGCCACCGGAGCAGACAUGGAGAAGGAGGUGAGCAUGGACUACCUGCUGGACCUGGUCCUGCAGAAGGACCUGGGAAGAAGGCUCCAGGUGGGCCAGGAGAUCACAGAGCUGGUCCAGAGCCAGGACAGGUGUCCCGGGCUGGAGCAAGACCAGAGCCUCUUGGACAGGAUGGUGGACACGGUGGCCGGAUCCUGGGUCAACUCCAGCAACUACAAGGUGGUUCUGGUGGGGAUGGAGGUCCUGUCGGCUCUGGUCAGCAGACUCCAGGAGAAGUUCAGGACUCAGGUGGGAACAGUUCUGCCCAGUCUGCUGGAUCGACUGGGAGACUCCAAGGACCAGGUCCGAGACCAAGACCAGGUUCUGCUGCUGAAGAUCAUGGAUGAAGCUGCUAACCCUCAGUUCGUGUGGGAGAGGAUGAUGGGAGGAUUCAAACACAAGAACAACCGGACCAGAGAAGGACUCUGUAUGUGUCUCGUCUCCACGCUGAACGUGUUCGGAUCCCAGAGUCUGACACUCAGUAAAAUCGUUCCUCACAUCUGUAACCUGCUGGGAGAUCCUACGGGUCAGGUGCGUGACUCAGCCAUGACCUGUCUGGUGGAGAUUUAUCGACACGUGGGAGAGCGAGUCAGAAUCGACCUGGGAAAGAAGGGUCUGCCUCAGUCACGGCUCAACAUGAUCUUCAGUAAGUUCGAUGAGGUCCAGAGGUCAGGAAACAUGGUUCUGUCCCCAUUAUCAGAUAGAACCUUUGAGGAUGAUGAGUCUGUGGACGGCGGACGCUCCUCUUCCUCAUCCAAAGCUGGGAGGAAGGUGAACAUGGGUUUGUUCCCUCGCGCCUCCUCCGCCUCCAGCAGCAAGGGUGCAGGCAGAGACGGGUCGGGGGCUGGAGCUGUGGAUGUAGAGGACUUCAUCCAGGCCUUUGAGGAUGUGGCCCCGGUUCAGAUCUACUCCAGCCGGGAGGCGGGUGAGGCCAUGACGAAGAUCCGAGACGUUCUUUCAGACGAUAAGGGGGACUGGGAGCUACGAGUGGCCGCGAUAAAGAAGGUCCGAUCGCUGGUCUGUGCCGGCGCCGCUGACUUUGAUGAGUUCCCGCAGCAGCUGCAGCUGAUGGAGGCGGCCUUCAAGCUGUCGGCCAAGGACCUGCGGUCUCAGGUGGUGAAGGAGGCCUGCAUCACACUGGGCCACCUGUCAUCGGUUCUCCGCAGACGCUUCGACCACACCGCCGAGGCCGUCAUGCCCACCCUCCUGACCCUGGUCCCCAACAGCGCCAAAGUCAUGGCCACAUCUGGUGUGGCCGCCAUCCGCCUCAUUCUUAUGCACACACACUUUCCUCGUCUGAUCUCCAUCAUCAUCACCAGCUGCUCCUCCAGAUCCGUGGCUGUGAGAAGACGUUGUUUUGAGUUUCUGGACCUGAUCCUACAGGAGUGGCAGACCAGCGGCCUGGAGAGACAUGGAGCCGUUUUAAUGGAAACUAUAAAGAAAGGCAUCCAUGAUGCAGACGCCGAUGCUCGCUCUGUGGCCAGGAAGUGUUACUGGGGAUUUUAUGGCCACUUCAGCCGGGAGGCGGAGCUUCUAUUCCAGGGUCUGGAGUCGUCCUAUCAGAGAGCUCUCCAGGCUCAUCUGAGCGGCGGUGACAGUGUCAUGUCACUCCCAACAUCUGAUCGCUCCUCCUCCUCGUCUCAGGAGAGUCUGAAUCGUCCGUUUCCUGUGAAAAGCUCAGCAGGAGGCAGAACAAACAGAUCCGUCCCCCGGACACCAGCUGCCUCCUCGCUAGCAUCGUUGCAGCGAUCUCGUAGCGAUGUUGACGUUAAUGCCGCGGCGACCGCCAACACUCGAACCAGGAUGCCAGCCGUUUCUUCUGCUGCGCCUUCGUCUCUCUUCAGCUCAGCAUCAGCUCUUCCUCCUGGAUCCUACGCUUCUCUUGAAGGCUCGUGGUCUGUUAAUACAGAUGGUCGAGUUCGAACCCGGAGGCCGAGCUCGGGAAACACUCCUCUGGUGACUGACGGUCGGAGUGGAGGAAAAGUUGUGUCCCAGUCUCAGCCUGGCAGUCGGUCUGGUUCUCCAGGUCGUCUACUCAGCUCCACCUAUGGCAGAGUCCCGAGGCCAAGCACAGGUGGUGCCGGGGCAACCUCCAGAGAGAAGAACCAAUCUCGAGGUCACCGCAGUCAGGGCUGCAGCAGAGAGACAAGCCCCACCCGGAGCAGAAUCCCUCGUCCCAGCAUGAGUCAAGGCUGCAGCCGUGAAGCCAGUCGCGAGAGCAGCCGUGACACCAGUCCUGCCAGGGGUUUCUCCCCCCUGGACCGGCUGACCCACCAGGCUCGGAUCUCCGCUUCCGUUAACGCCAUGAAGAUCCUCAACACCGGCACCGAUGUGGAGGCGGCGGUGGCCGACGCUCUGCUCUUAGGAGAAUCCAGGACUAAGCGACGCCCAGCAAGGCGCCGUUUCGAGCCCCCCGGUAUGUACUCAGACGAUGACGCGAACAGCGAUGCCUCCAGCGCCUGCUCAGACCGCUCUUUCAGCUCGCGGAAUGGCGGCGUGGCGUUCCUGCGUCAGACGGAGGAUGUGGCUGAGGUUCUAAACCACUGUGCCAGUGCCAACUGGUCCGAGAGGAAGGAGGGGCUGCUGGGGCUGCAGAACCUGCUGAAGGGCCAGAGGACACUCAGCCGCGUGGAGCUGAAGAGGCUCUGUGAGAUCUUCACUAGGAUGUUUGCAGAUCCUCACAGCAAGGUCUUCAGUAUGUUCCUGGAGACUCUGGUGGACUUCAUCGUCCUACAUCGAGAUGACCUGCAGGACUGGCUCUUUGUCCUGCUCACACAGCUGCUGAAGAAGAUGGGGGCCGACCUGCUGGGGUCAGUCCAGGCCAAAGUUCAGAAAGCCCUGGAUGUCACCAGAGACUCGUUUCCCUACGAGCUGCAGUUCAACAUCCUGAUGCGGUUCAUUGUGGACCAGACCCAGACCCCCAACCUGAAGGUGAAGGUGGCCAUCUUGCGCUACAUCGAGGCUCUGGCCCGACAGAUGGACCCAGCCGACUUUGUCAACUCCAGCGAGACUCGACUCGCCGUCUCACGCAUCAUCACCUGGACCACUGAGCCCAAGAGCUCUGACGUCCGUAAGACCCUGCAGAACUGGGUGGGGGAGGAUUUGUCAGGUCGCAGCGGCACGGUGGCCUCUCUUCCUGGGGAGGGAAACCUGGAGGAGAGGUGUAAGCAGGCGGCCCAGGUGGUUCUGAUCGCGCUCUUCGAGCUCAACACUCCAGAGUUCACCAUGCUGCUUGGGGCGCUGCCCAAAACCUUUCAGGAUGGGACCACCAGGCUGCUGCACAACCACCUGAGGAACGCCAGCGCCGCCAUCAGCACGGCGUCUCCAGGGACCUCGGGUCGGACCGCUCCACGCCAUCCCAUCAGCCGCAGCAGCCCUCUGACCUCACCCACUAGCCCCGCCCACGGUGGCCUCUCCCCUAGUCGCCUGUGGACUUGGAGCGCUGAGCACUCUAAAUACCCUCCUCUUCCUCCCUUCUCCUCCCCUCUUCCUACCCCUCUUGCUGCCUCCCUCAAGGCCUCACGGCGAGCUUCCUCCCCCAGCGGGUUGGAGUUUGACAGCGAGAACGUGAACUCUGAGGAGAUCUUUGGCUCACUCUGCGGAGUCACUGAGGGCAUCCAGAACUUCAGCUUCCGUGGCCACGGUGACCAGAUGGAGCUGCUCAAGCGGGACGGCUCGGUCAGCAUGGUGCCAGUCUCAGAGUCCAGUCCUCGGUUCUGUGGGGACGUGACGGAGAGUGGUCGGACGGCUCUGGACAACAAGACGUCUCUGCUGAACACUCCGUCACCUCGAUCGUUCUCCGGACAACGCUUCAGAGAGUACAACCCGUACAACUACACAGACGGGUCGACAGACCGAGCCGCCCUGCUCGAGGACGCCGCCGAGCAGCUCGGAGACGGUCGGAGGCAGGAGUGUGUCGAAAACAAGAUCCUGAACCCCAAAAGCUUCCCUGCCGGUCAUGCAGAGCAGCUGGAGCUGGUUGGAGACCUCCUGAAGGAGCUGUCCCAAGCCCAGACUGGAGACCGAAGCCCUGAGGAGCGCCGGGGGACGCUGCUGGAGCUGCUGAAGGUGGCCCGAGAGGACAGCCUGGUGGUGUGGGAGGAACACUUUAAGACCAUGCUGCUUCUGCUGCUGGAGACCCUAGGAGACCAGGACCACUCGAUCCGAGCUCUGGCCCUACGAGUCCUGAAGGAGAUCCUGCGGAACCAGCCGGGCCGGUUUAAGAACUACGCUGAGCUGACCAUCAUGAAGACACUGGAGGCUCAUAAGGACUCCCACAAAGAGGUGGUGCGAGCAGCAGAGGAGGCGGCGUCCAUGCUGGCAAGCUCCACCCACCCUGAGCAGUGCAUCAAGGUCCUGUGUCCCAUCGUCCAGACCACCGACUACCCCAUCAACCUGGCUGCCAUCAAGAUGCAGACCAGGGCCAUUGAACGCAUCACCAAGGAGCCAUUGCACCAGCUGCUGCCGGACGUCAUACCUGGGCUUCUGCAGGGCUAUGACAACACGGAGAGCAGCGUGAGGAAGGCCAGCGUCUUCUGCCUGGUCUCCAUCUACUCUGUGAUUGGAGAGGAGCUGAAGCCUUACCUGUCCCAGCUGACUGGCAGCAAGAUGAAGCUCCUGAACCUUUACAUCAAGAGGGCUCAGACCUCCACCAGCAACAGCAGCAGCUCCUCUGACAUCUCCUCCUACUGAGUCUGUAGAAUCAUCUCUCCACCCACCAUCCUCCUGUCUCUCCCGGGACCUUCGUUAGAUCCUUAAGACCUCCGUCUUGUCUGAUGGAAACAGAAGUAGAAACGGUUUUUAGUAUCUGACCAAAGGUCCUGCUGGCUCCUGGAUCAGAGCUGGUUCUGGAGGAGAGACAAGGAAGCAACUUCCUGUUAGUAGGUCCAGUUCCUUCAACUCCCAGAACCAUGAAUGUAAAAGUUCUCCAGAACAUCUGCCUCUGAACAGGACCGACCCAGACCAGGUCCAGUUUUAAGUCGAAUGGUUUUAGAAGCAGCCGCACCGAGGUUCUAAAUGAAAAACAUGACCAGUAGAACCAGAACCGCCUGUAGAACCAGAGUUCUGACCUGGUGAAGGCUUUCAGACACUUGUCAGUCACUAGAACCCGUGCGUUGGUUCCACUUCCUGAGACAGAUCAUGGUCAGGGUUUAUUCCUAAUCCGAACCCCAACGGUUUAACCUUUGACCUCAUCAGCUGUUGUAACUGUUACGGUUUCAUACAAAAUUAAAGUAUAAGAUGAACCAGACCGAAGUUUAAAGUGAAAUGUAUUCAGUUUUACACUAAAUAACUAGAAAUGUACUGAAAAGGUUUUAAACGCAGAAAUCUUCAACGUUUCUGUUUGAUUCACCAGAAAAAGUCAAAUAAAUAGUUUUCUGGUGAUUCUUGAUUUCCUCCUGAAAUUUGAAUCAAAUGAAAGCUGAUGCAGACUGUAGGCAGAGCCUAAUGAGCCCCACCGGGUUUAACCAAUCAGAUCAGUCUGCUCAUAGUGGGCGGAGCCUGUGUACACUCAGCUGGUGACAUGGGUUGUUGUAAUGAAUUCUUUACUUUUGUUGUGAUUGUAGUUGAACCAUAACAGAUGUUUACCUUUAAUGCUUUUCUUUAUUAUAUUUGAAUGUUCCAAACUCAUGUUCAUGCUAAGUUUUAUUAGCAACAAGUUUUUUCCUGAGUAUUUAUGAUAAAAGUUGAGUUUAUUCAGUGUGAUUCAGUCCCUCCAUCUUUGAAAUCAUAACCUGAUAAGUGUGACACAGCUGUUAGUUUUAAUCUAUGCACACCUUACCUCGGGUGCGGUUCCCUAUUAUCUGCUGUCAGAUUAUAGUCCCUGGGAUGCGUUCCAUUCCUGAUGUCGUAGUGAUCCAUCAGCUGAUUCUACGCUGACGGCUCUUGUUGUAGUUUGACCUCUGAAAUGUGAAAGAAUCAGCUGAUGAAAGCUCCCGGAGCUUGGGUUCUGGACUUUAGCAAUAACCUGGGAGACCCGGUCCAGGUCUCCAGUAGAACCACUGGAAUGUACUGGUUCUGUACAGAAGUGUCUUUGUUCUUAAAGUGCUACUAGAAUAACCAGAUGUUACUGCUGCGUAUUGUGAUACUAACACACACACACACACACACACACACACACACUGAUGGAAACCAGAACUUUAGGAUCCUCUGAUUGGUUGGUGCUAAACUCCACCCAUCUGGUGCUCCUGUGUUGAUUUGUUUUUUUAAUAAAAAGGUAAACAAAGAGCAGCUGGCUGCUUUGGGUCUGAUCGGGUAUUUGUUCUGGACUGACCCGAUUCAGUGGGACCAGUCUGAUCACAGGACCUGAUGGUUGCUCCUAGAACCCACCAGUCAGACGGAUAAAUGUUCUGGGGGAACUGUGGUCCUCCAGAACCAGCAGAAUUCUGCAGAAGCACUCAUUUCCCAGAUGGGAGUGUUUCUGGGUUUAGCUGGUUCUGUCUAUUUCUGGCCCGUACUAACACUAGCACACCUGAUUCUGCAGGUGAAUGAAGAGAUGCUGUAAAUAAGCCUAAAGCCACUCCUGCUGCAUGUCUCAGUAUUUAUUCUCUGUUGGACCUUGUAUGUACAAUCGCCUGUUCACCUGUGGUAGACUCACAAGUUCAAUAAAAAGUCAGGCUUGUUUUGCUCUCAUUUAAUAAACUUGUUUCCAGGUAAAUUA